CCUGAGAUUCAGGAGGCAUGGUGACAAAACAGCUUUUCAACACGGAAACAGCACAUCUGGAGGGCUGCAGCCAUGAGCUUUCACAUCAGGUUGGACAAUGAAAACAGCAUUUUCCCCUGACUGUUUCUGAAGAGCAGCAUUCAAGAGAUUUUCUCUCGGAAAGCUGUGAAUACUGGGAAGAGCUCAGGAGCCCAAAGGAGUACAGCCCUCAUCCCUGAAGGAACAGCACAGGAAAUGUGUAUGAUGCUAACAGCUGAGAGAAACACGCUUCGCAUCAGCAGCGAUUAAACGGAUGGGCAGCAUCAUUGGAACCAUGGGGUGCAGCAGUUCUGUAGCUGACAGAAAGUCAGAGAAUGUCAUCAGAGCUGCAAUCCUCAUCCAGAAGUGGUACCGCUUCACCAUGGCCCGCCUGGAGAUGAGGCGCCGCUACUCCCUCAGCAUCUUUCAGUCAAUCGAGUAUGCUGAUGAGCAGGAUCAACUGCAGCUAUCCAAUUUUUUUACAUUCAUGCUGGAUCAUUGUACUCAUCCUGAAGCAGUUUCUCAAAUUUUCACCAGCCCUAGUGCUCCUCAGGUAGUGGAUGAAGACUUAUCUUUAAAAGAAUUUGAAAAGAAGAUUGCUGUUCCAGACUCCUAUUAUGGACCACGACUCUCAUUCCCUCUUACUGUUGAAGAUGCCAAUGCUCUCCUUCAUGCUUUCAGGAAUGAACAGCUGCUUCAUGCCCGCUAUGUGCUGCAGCUGCUCAGUGAAACUAGGAGGGUUCUCAAGGAGAUGCCAAAUAUCACCCAUCUUUCAACUUCCUACUCCAAGGAGAUUACUGUCUGUGGAGAUUUGCAUGGAAACCUGGAUGAUCUUUUGCUGAUAUUCUAUAAGAAUGGUCUGCCUUCAGAACAAAACCCCUAUGUCUUUAAUGGUGAUUUUGUUGACAGAGGGAAAAAUUCUAUGGAAAUACUUAUAAUCCUAUUUGCAUUUCUUCUUAUCUAUCCCAAUGAUUUGCACUUGAAUAGAGGAAACCAUGAAGACUACAUCAUGAACCUGAGAUAUGGAUUCACAAAAGAAGUUUCAAAGAAGUACAAGGACCAUUGGAAACAGAUUUUGAGUCUUCUGCGAGAUGUUUUUAGCUGGCUUCCCCUUGCCACUAUAAUUGAUAGCAAAGUUCUUAUCCUACAUGGGGGGAUUUCAGACACCACAGAUUUGGAUUUCCUGAAUGCACUUGAGAGAAAUAAGUUGAAAUCUUUGAUGCGGCCACCAAAGUCAGUGGGAAACAGACAGGACCAAGUGAAGAAGAAAACUCCCAUGACCAAACCCAGUAAACACACUGCCAACCAGCAUGUUGCAGGGAAGACACAACACAUCUCUUCAUCAGGCUUCACGGAGCCUUCAGGUUCAAAUUUGCCUCCAGACCCCGCCCUGAAGGAAUGGAAACAAAUCCUUGACAUUCUGUGGAGUGAUCCAAGGAGCCAAAAUGGCUGCACACCAAACAAGUGUCGAGGAGGAGGCUGUUACUUUGGUCCUGAUGUCACUGCCAAGCUGUUUGAGAGAUAUAAUCUGAAGAUGCUCAUCAGGUCCCAUGAAUUUAAGCCAGAAGGUUAUGAGAUCAGUCAUGAUGGGAAGGUUAUCACCAUAUUCUCUGCCUCUAACUAUUACGAGGAGGGCAGUAACCGGGGUGCUUACAUCAAGCUGAAUCCCGAGCUGACCCCGCGCUUUGUGCAGUACCAGGUCAGCAAGCUCACGCGCAGGAAGAAUCUCCGCGAGAGGGUAGGUACAAUUGAAUCAUCUGCCUUAAAGUCCUUACGAGAGAAGAUUUAUGCACACAGGUCUGAACUCAUCAGUGCUUUUGCUCAAUAUGACGUCAAUGGCACAGGCAGGAUUUCUGUCAAUGACUGGGCUGCAGCAAUGGAGUCUGUCCUACAGCUGGAACUGCCCUGGAGGAUGCUGCGCUCUCAGCUAGCACAGAUGAACCCAGAUGGAGAAGUCGACUUCAUGUCUUGUUUUUAUGAUUUGAAAAUGGGUCAACCUAUAAAAGAGGCUCAGCCAGCUUUGGCAGAAACACUGUGCAGAUACAGAAAGGAUCUGGAGAUCAUCUUUAACAUCAUUGACAAAGAUCACUCAGGUUUGAUUUCUCUUGAGGAAUUCAGCCAGACAUGGAGACUGUUCACUUCUCACCUGGGCAUUGAUAUACAGGAUGACUCCAUUGACAAGUUAGUCCUCAGCAUAGACUACAACAAAGAUGGCCACAUUGACUUCAAUGAAUUUUUAGAGGCCUUUCAUGUUGUUCACAGACUUGAGAAAAAGGCAACCUCUUGAAAAGGCAGAAUUUCUCAUGGGUUGUCUUGGAAGCUCAGCUUGCUGUCAUUAGUCAUAAAGGGGCUGCUUGAUAGGGUCACAGUGCAAACCUUUAUUUAGCCCUUCCUGGAUGAUCUGUACCUGCUAAUAAUGGGAUAGAGGAGAUGAAAACCCACACUUACAGUAUUACUGUGUCACUGCCACACACUGCCAGCACCUUACAAUUCAUCUCCUCCUCUUGGCAUCUCCCCCACCAAUCUAAUCCCUGAACAUUGCCAAGGUCAUGCCUACAGCUGUGUAGGGAGAGAGGCUUUGGUAUGUAUCUGCCAGCAGUCCUCAGCUGAGAGCACUGGUAACCACAAGGAACAUACCAGAGCCACCCUGGUGAUGGAACAGGCACGAGAGAUCUGGCUGUGGGGUGUCCAUUGCAGGAGAGGAAAACAGGGAGGAAGCAUCUGGUUCAAAAGGAUAGUUCUGCAUUUAAUCUUGCUCUUUGCAUGAUGCAGAGGAAUUAAAUUAUUCCAGGUCAAUCUCUUAUCCUUCUAAAAGUUUACAGGCACAGCUUAGAGGAUCUUGGUUGAAAGGUGUUUACAUUUGCAUUUACACUUCCUCUUGCCUCUGGUUACUUUUCCCCAUAUUGGUUGGGAUUUGGAGCUCUGAAACAAUCACAGCUGUUUCUGAGAUGGAGCCAGGCUCUUCACAGUGGUGCUGAGCAGCAGGACAAGAAGCAGUGGGCAGAAACUGAUGCACAGGAAGUUCCACCUGAACAUGAGCAAGAAGUUGUUUCCUGUGCAGUGACUGAGCACUGGCACAGACUGCCCAGAGAGGGUGUGGAGCCUCCCUCACUGGAGAUAUUCAAGAACCAGAUGUAGUCCUGUGCCCUGUGUUAUGGGAUGACCCUGUCUGAGCAGGUGGUUCAUGGUGGUCUCUUCCAGCAUGAUCCAUUCUGGGAUUUGGUGAUUCCGUGCUAACUCGUGACCUUGAUGAAGGCUAAAUCCACAGCAUGUUAAUGCAACUCGUGAUAGAUCACAGAAUAAAGCUUUAGCUUUCUGAGCAAUGCCUAAGGGGGGUCUCUGCCUGUGUUUUGUAGCCUGCCCCAACCACCAUAGAACACUCUUCCUGAAGAUGAACUGGGUUUCUUAAAAAGAGAAAUGAGUAAGAACACAAGAGUAAACAUAUUUUGAUACUAUCAAAUCUAAAUAUUCUUGCACAUAGUUAAAAAUAAAUUCUUUGCCAAGAAAAGGAAACUGAGAGAUUCUGAAAUUGAGUUUUUGGAAGGCAGAAAGAUUGAAGACUCUUGCACUGACAUUCUUGUCUCCUUUCACUGACUGCAAGUCGAUAUUCCCAUUCCUGCCAGUACCACCCUGUCAAUUCCCAAGGGGUAGAAGUCAGGAAAUCUGGACCUAAUUCUCUUGCAUCUUACACUCUGAAAGCAACAUCAGGUCAGGAGCUUUUUGGUAACUGUAUUACCUCAUUCAACCUCAGUAAAUCCAAAGCACAUAAAGUGCUUUUUGGGUAGGGAAAAGUUCCAACCUAGUCCCUUUUUAAAUUUUAAUAGCUAAAGAUGAGCUAAGUAAAGCAGCUCAGUUUCAUUAAUAGAAGCAUUGAAAGUACAAAAAAAGCAUCCUUCCAAUCCAGAAUGCAACAGCAGCCCAAGCUUAAGGCACUGCUGUCUGUCUUAAAUCUUAUUUUCUACUAUUAAAUACAGAACCCUUUUCCAGAUGUAUUUUGUAACUUGAGAGAUGAAUGAACAAACAUGCACACACUUAUUUCUACUGCCUUGGAGGAGGGGAAAGAAAAAUCUUUAAUAGUACAAACAAAAUUUACAGUGAAAACUUUAAUGGCGUUGGUAAUACACAAUGUAUAUUUUGAGCAUGUAAUUAUUCUGAUCUAUGCACUGUGAUGAUCAGUCCCACCUUAUUCCAGUGGAGUUACAAAAAGGCUCCACUUACAAUGGGCAAACACCUCUGUGUGUAGUGGGAUCUUGCUUCCCACUGUUGACCUCCAUGUGGUGGGUGUGAAGUGACAAGGUGGGACUGGACACUGCAGCUCUGGAGUCCCCCUUUGCCACCUGCCCCAGUACAGAGGACAGAGCUGGGCUGUACAGCGAGACACAGGAGCUCUGAAGGAUGACUGGCAGCCUCCAGUGUGGAUGUCCCCCACUAAGGACACAUUCCUGAACUGGCAUGAAGGGGACUGGCCUCAGGGGAUCACUUCCUGAGAGGGGAUGCCAAGGUACAGUCGCAGCACAGCUUCACUCAGCAGGCAGGGAGAGCCCUUGGGGAUUCAGGAGUGAGGAGCUGAAUCAUUGAGCCAAACCAGAAAGCCUGUCCUGUCAGCUGCUGGUGGCACAAAGGGCCCCUGGCUCCUGACAGAAGGGGGGUGGCACGGGGAGUAACUGUGAACCAUCUAAAGCUGGGAAUAAAUGCCACUUGAGACUGAAACUGGGACUGGGGAAAAGCCCUGCUGCUUGUACUUAAAUCCAAACUGUUUGAGCAGAAGCUCUUCUUCUAUAACCCACAUCCUCAAUCCCUGUUUUUCAGUCAUGAUUCUGUGCAGCAGCCACUUAAUAGUCCAGAUGUGAGUGGUCCUUUAAUCAGUGCCUGAAUCAGCCUGCAGAUGAGUGCCAAGCUCUCACCCCACAGCUACAGCUGCCACCACUGGCAGCAUCUCUCUCCUGCUUUCUGGGCAACUCUGCUCCUACCUGCCAACUACUCCAGAAAGUGCCCAAGGUUGAACUUGGACUGACUCAGUGAAGCUCUCAUUCCACUCAAGGCCCUGGCUGCUGCCAGAGGGGUGACACAUUCCUGCAGUGUCCCAUGGCCACACGGGGCAGGCCAGGUGUUUCACUACCCCACAGGAAGUGGCUGCCCCUUUGCAGGGCAGCCAAGGACUGUGUGCUCACCUGCACCUUCCAGGAACAAGCAGGACUCUUUCCCUGAGAAAGGAGACUACAAUUAGCAGGAGAGAAGCCAGACAAACUUUGUACUCCACCCACACAGCUUUCCUGUGGGACCAGCAGCUGAGGGAGAUCAAUGGCACUUUUGAUCUGUUUAGUUUGACAAGCCCAUGUCCCUGCUGGCAGCAGGGGGAAGGCAACAGUGUGAGCAGGGGGGACACUGGCCUGGGGAGCAGGGCUGGGGGCAGCUUGUGCUGUGAGCUCUGAGCUGGACACAGGUCCUCAUUCUGCCAGCUCCUGUGCAGCUGUGCCUCACCCUGCAAGGAACAUAAAGCUGCCUUCCACUGGCCUUGUGUUUGAGUACCCCCCUGCACCACCAGAGAGAUACCUAAACUCUUCAAAUUACCACAUAAAUACUUUCCAAUUGCCUGCAUUCCAUGUGGUAAUUCAUUGUGAUCAUCAUGAAUAUACCAUAACCUAGGUCAUACUGUGAAUUUGAUGGUAAAGACACCAAUGACACUCCCAUUUAAAAACAAAGAGGUGUUAGGGGUGUCCAGGUAUGUUAGGCCAUACAUUUCAUGCUUUAGACCUUCAAUGCAGCUGCAUGAAAAACCAACAUCAGCCUUCUUGUUUCUGAAAACAACACAGUAGGUUAAAAAAAACAACUAGAAGUCUGAGCAAAAAAUCAUCUUGCAUCUCUCUCAAUCUAGGAUUCAAGAAGAAAAGCAAAAAUAAGUGCUACUACUUUUUGUAUGAUACUGGGUAGAAUAAAAAAACACCAUCUUGCUCUUGUUGUGCUUAUAUUCUGCACUGUCACGUCUGCUUAAACUAGACAAAGGAUUUUACUUCCUUUCACUGGGAAACGAGCCAAGUGAACUCUCACAAAACAUAUAAAAAGUUAAAAAACCCACACCAAAUAAUAACAAAGGCAAACCCUUACAAAACAGGCACCACACCAAUAAAAUAACCUCCACACCCAAGUGCUAAUUGUACCUGAACUGUCACUUUACACUGGCCCCUGCACAGGCCCAUGGUUCCCAUGGUGGCUAACACAGGACUCCUGGUCCUCUGGACUACCAAACUCCUCUGGUCUCUGAAAAAAACAUUAAAUCACAUCACACCAAGGCCUCCUACACCUCCACUCUCUUGAGCCAGUUCCCAGGUACUGCUAUAGCAGCAGUGACUGUGGAGAGGGACAGCAGGCAGGCUCUCAGGCUCAUAUAGCUCAGAAAGUUCUUAUCUUUACAGGCCUAUCUGCUCUUUCACCUCUAGCUGGCAAGACACAAUUGCUCUGAUCCUUUCUGCUCACAUGGCAGCAGUGCUACUGAGGGAGCCUGUCUGUGGCCAUGGGAUGCUGAAGCUACUGCCACUUUGCUAAGCUGUUAGCCAGAUGCUGACAUGUGGCUGGUGGCAAAGCCAGCAGCACAGGCACAAGGAAAACCACAGCCAGUUCCUGGGGUAAGGCAGGGUUUCCCUCUCCAGAGGCUGCCAAACUGUUUUCAGUUUAUAAAUGGCCAUGGAGUCAUUUCCAUGCAGGAUGCACCUACUCCCUGCAGCACCUCAGAGCUCCAGCUGACAGCAUUAACCUGGGAACUGUCUGCAGGGAGACUUCCAGGCAGCCCAACCCCUAAUUACAUGAGACCAGUGACUUCAAACUAAAAAGAAGAAAGAAAAAAUGGCAAAGGAAAUAAAAAGAAAAAAAAAAAAGAAAAAACCAAA